CAUCUCACAGCUCCAGCAUCUUCUCUUCCUCCUGUCUUCCCUCCAGAGUCUGUCAUCCUCAAACUCUCUCACAGACCUUUCCUUUCCUUUCUCUACAAACACCUGUCUUCUCUACAGAAAGCUAUGAAGGCUUUCGUAUUGCUAGCUCUUCUGGGAGCUGUAACAUCCCAAAGCUUUCCAUCCACUACGUACGGAGCACCCAACGGUGAGUUUUCCAAUGGCUUUGGAAGCAAUGGUGGUCUAAGUAAUGGCUAUGGUGCUCCCCUAAGCAGAUCCUACGGAGUUCCCAAUGGGGGAUAUGGGGUCUACGAUGAAUUUGCUGCCUUGGCUGAAAACAUUCCAGGUGGUGGUGUCCCUGGAGUAGACUAUCCAGUCCUGGCUGAUGUCCCUGACACAGGAUUCUCCUGCGAUGCCCAAACUGUCCCUGGAUACUACGCCGAUACAGCCCCUGAGGCUGGCUGCCAGCUCUUCCACAUCUGCCAGGACAGACCCAAUGGACGCCGCCAGCAGGACUCCUUCCUCUGCCCCAACGGCACCAUCCUCAAUCAGCAGUACUUGGUCUGUGACUGGUGGUUCAACUUCGACUGUUCCACUGCUCAAGACUUCUACUUCGUCAACGAAUUCAUUGGAGUCGAACCAACUGCUCAGUAUGCUAAUGGUAUCAUCAAUGGCAACGGAAAUGGUCUUGGGAGGUCCGCAUACACUAAUGGAAAUGGCAAUGGAAAUGGCUAUGUCUAUGGCAAUGGCAAUGGAAAUGGUAACCUAAGGAGUGCAUUCACCAAUGGUAAUGGAAAUGGUAAUGGCAGAAACGGACUCACCAACGGCAAUGGAAGGAAUGGAUACACCAAUGGCAAUGGUAAUGGAAAUGGCGUCAAUGGUAAUGGCAACGGUAAUGGAAAUGGCAUCAAUGGUAAUGGCAACGGUAAUGGAAAUGGCAUCAAUGGCAAUGGAAGAAAUGGAUACACCAAUGGCAAUGGUAAUGGAAAUGGCGUCAAUGGUAAUUGGCAACGGGUUAAUGGAAAUGGCCAAUCCAAAAUUGGAAUGGAAAGGAAUGGAUACACCAAUGGCAAUGGUAAUGGAAAUGGCGUCAAUGGUAAUGGCAACGGUAAUGGAAAUGGCAUCAAUGGCAAUGGAAGAAAUGGAUACACCAACGGUAAUGGAAAUGGUGUCAAUGGUAAUGGUAAUGGAAGAAAUGGAUACACCAAUGGUAAUGGAAAUGGCAUCAAUGGCAAUGGAAGAAAUGGAUACACCAACGGUAAUGGAAAUGGCAUCAAUGGUAAUGGCAACGGUAAUGGAAAUGGCAUCAAUGGCAAUGGAAGAAAUGGAUACACCAAUGGUAAUGGAAAUGGCAUCAAUGGCAAUGGAAGAAAUGGAUACACCAAUGGUAAUGGAAAUGGCAUCAAUGGCAAUGGAAGAAAUGGAUACACCAACGGUAAUGGAAAUGGUGUCAAUGGUAAUGGCAAUGGUAAUGGAAAUGGCAUCAAUGGUAAUGGUAAUGGAAGAAAUGGAUACACCAAUGGUAAUGGAAAUGGCAACGGCAUCAAUGGUUUCACCAACGGUAAUGGAAAUGGCAUCAAUGGUAAUGGUAAUGGAAUAAAUGGAUACACCAACGGUAAUGGAAAUGGCAACGGCACAAUGGUUUUCUACCAACGGUGA